AUAUUUUUGCCUUCGUUCGUACACUCAUUUCUUGAUAAAUAUCUAGAUCUGAAGCGCUCAUUUUCUCUGCUGCUGAUCUGCUUGCUUGCUUGCUGCUCCACAGAUUGUUUCAGGUUACAAGCAUGCCUCCACCUAACGAGAGUUCAAAGAAACCUGCUGACUCUCAUCAUUCCUCCCAUCCUCCUCUAAAUGAAAGAAUACUUUCAUCCAUGAGUAGAAGAUCAGUUGCCGCACAUCCUUGGCAUGAUCUUGAAAUCGGACCUGGAGCGCCAACAAUAUUCAACUGUGUGAUCGAAAUUAGCAAGGGGAGCAAGGUGAAAUAUGAGCUUGACAAAAGAUCAGGACUUAUCAAGGUUGACCGUGUUCUAUAUUCAUCAGUCGUGUACCCUCACAAUUAUGGCUUCGUCCCUCGUACUUUGUGUGAGGACAACGACCCAAUUGAUGUCUUGGUCAUCAUGCAGGAACCGAUCUUGCCAGGUUGUUUUCUCCGUGCCAAAGCAAUAGGAGUCAUGCCCAUGAUUGAUCAGGGAGAAAAAGAUGAUAAGAUCAUUGCAGUUUGUGCUGAUGAUCCCGAGUAUAGGCACUACAACGAUAUCAAGGAGCUCCCACCACAUCGGUUGGCUGAGAUCCGUCGCUUCUUUGAAGACUACAAGAAGAACGAGAAUAAGGAGGUCGCUGUUGAUGAUUUCUUGCCGGCCGAUAAGGCGAUCGAGGCGGUCAAGCAUUCAAUGGAUCUGUAUGCAGAUUACAUUGUGGAGGGGUUGAGGCGGUAGAUUUACGAGGAGUUCCGUUGUAAUUCUACUUCCUUUACGAUGGUGACGAUAACGGAAAAAACUAUAUUAUUUAUCAUCUCCCAAAAAAUGACCAAAUUACAUGUACAGGCAGACCUGUUAAGCAAGAAUUUGGUACUUUUCUUUGUUAUAUAUAGACAAAUCGUGUUCCAUUUUUUUUUGUUAUGACAUCCCCUUUGAAGAA